AUAUUAUUGGCUACAAGGAUGGGAAUUUCAAAACCACCCUUUACAAUUUCUUGUAUUUCGUUUCUUGCCUUAUAUAUUUCAUUGUAUGCUACUAUAACACCAACUUCUUCAGCUUCCCUACAAGAUAGUUUCAUUGAAUGUCUCCAAAGAAACACAAACGUUGGUUUCCCACUUGAGAGAACGUUCUUCACUCAUGAAAGAAACGCUUCCCUCUUCAAAGAAGUCUUUGAAUCGACGGCUCAAAACCAACGGUUCUUGACCAACUCAAUGCCUAAACCGGGGUUCAUAUUCAAACCGGUUCAUGAAUCUCACGUCCAAGCUUCCAUCGUCUGUGCCAAGAAACUUGGGAUUCAUUUCCUUGUUAGAAGCGGCGGUCACGAUUACGAAGGCGUGUCUUAUGUUUCACAGAUCGAGACACAGUUUGUGUUGAUUGAUUUGUCGAAAUUGAGACAGGUCAAUGUUGAUAUUGAAGACAAUAGUGCUUGGGUUCAAGCUGGUGCUACGAUUGGUGAGCUUUACUACAGAAUUGCAGAAAAGAGCAAGAUUCAUGGAUUCCCUGCAGGCGUGUUCCCGAGCUUAGGCGUAGGUGGACAUAUAACAGGUGGUGCAUACGGUUCCUUGAUGAGGAAGUAUGGUCUUGCUGCUGACAAUGUUCUUGACGCAAAGAUCGUUGAUGCGAAUGGUAAAUUACUCGACAGAGCUGCGAUGGGGGAGGAUCUGUUUUGGGCAAUUAGAGGAGGUAGUGGAGGGAGUUUUGGGAUAAUUUUAUCAUGGAAGAUCAAACUUGUUCCUGUUCCUGAAACCAUAACAGUGUUCACGGUCACCAAAACAUUGGAGCAAGAUGCGAGUUUCAAGAUUCUUUCGAAGUGGCAACGAGUUGCGGACAAGCUUGUUGAAGAGCUCUUCCUACGAGUGUUCUUCACUGUAGUUGGAAACAAUGCAUACAAGACUGUGAAGAUGGCCUACAUAGGUCAGUUUCUUGGCGAGAAAGGUACCUUGCUUGAGGUUAUGAAGAAGGGUUUUCCAGAACUAGGGCUAACUCAGAAAGAUUGUAUAGAAAUGAGUUGGAUUGAAUCCAUUGUUUACAACUCUGGAUUCCCAACAAGUCCUCUUCCUCCUCUUGAAAUUUUGCUACAAGCGAAGUCACCGAUAGGAAAAAUCUACUUCAAAGCGAAAUCGGAUUUUGCUAAAGAACCUAUUCAUAUUCUAGGGCUCAUAGGGAUGGUCAAGAAGUUCCUUGAAGAAGACGCAGUGUUAGUGGUUUGGACUCCUUACGGUGGAAAGAUGAAUAAAAUCCCUGAAUGUGAGAUCCCAUUUCCGCAUAGAAACGGAACCAUCUUCAUGAUUCAAUAUUACAGGAGCUGGUCAGACAAUGAGAAGAGACCAAACAGACGCAUCAAAUGGAUGAGAGAGCUGUAUAGUUACAUGACACCUUAUGUCUCAAGUAAUCCAAGACAAGCGUAUGUGAACUACAGAGAUCUAGACCUAGGACAGAACAGAAACAGCUCAAAGUCUAACUUCUUAGAAGCUAAAAUUUGGGGAGCUAAGUAUUUCAAAGACAACUUCAGCAGAUUGGUAAGGAUUAAAACAAAGGUUGAUCCAGAUAACUUCUUCAGGCACGAGCAGAGUAUCCCAACUCUUCCCAUUCGAAGCUAAGUUCAUGAAGAUAAAGCCAUGCAUGCUACUUUGUUUUUACCUCAAGUUUGGUUAUGGCUUUUUUAUGAGUCACCCAAGAUCCUAAAAAUUGGAGGCUUGUUCGAUCUCUCAAAUAGUCUCAAUCAAGUUGUUAGAAAUCUAUCUAGUUAUUACUAUUUCGUCACGUUUUCAUCAUUACCAUCAACACAACUACUACCACUACCACUUACCAUAAUUUUCAUCAUUACCAUCACCGCAACUAGCAGCGUCCACCACCAGC